GCACGUACGAGGGUGAUAUCGAUAUUGAAGCUGAUAUGGUGGUUGACGGUGGUGAUGAUCAGACUCAAAAUCAGAAUCAGGAUCAGAUGAUGGCCGGAUGGGUGAGUGGGCUGGUGGAGGAGAGGGGUUUCUUCGAGGGGUGCGGGGCCCACCAGCGCCGGAAGAAGAGCGAGAAGAACAUCUUCUGCCUCCGCUGCUGCGCCUCCCUCUGCGCCCACUGCACCCCUGCCCACCCCUCCCACCCACUCCUCCAGGUGAGAAGAUAUGUCUACAACGACGUGGUUCGAUUGGAUGAUCUUGAGAAGCUCAUCGACUGCUCCUAUGUUCAGCCGUACACCAUAAAUAGUGCCAAGGUGAUAUUUCUGAAGCCGCGGCCUCAGUCGCGGCCUUUCAAAGGCUCUGGUAACAUUUGCUUGGCCUGCGAUAGGAUCCUUCAAGACCCCUUCCAUUUUUGCUCCCUAUCAUGCAAGGUUGAUCAUGUAAUGGCACAAGGUGGGGAUGUGACAAGCAUUUUACUCCGGUUCGACGAGUCGGAGUUCAACAUGUUGCAUUUCGAGAGUUUCCCGAUGGAGGGGUCCGAUCUCGUGGACGACGGCGACCGGAACACGCACAAUUCGAUCCUCGAAGAAACCUUUCGCUACGGGGACUGCUCGGGCUCGAGCAGCGGCUCGCGGGGGGUCGCGGUGGUCGAGGUUCCAAAGAGGAAGAAGGGUAGGGGAUUUUUCCCUCAUGUUAAUGUUCUCUCUAUGAGCAGUAGGAGGAAGGGUGCUCCUCAACGAUCUCCUCUCUCUUAACAUUGGCCAAUAAUUUAAUUGGGCUUUUAUUUGCAUAUAUAUACAUA